CACACGUUGAUCCACAGUGAUCGGAGAGAUCAACACGGAUUGAAAUGAGGUCUGGGUCAUUGAAGUCAUCGUCAGACCGUCGAUCUGCAAACAGACCAUGCGAAGUGACCGGUCCGCCACCUGCAGCCCGAUCGGUGGGCUACGGAGCCAUCUGGAACGUAUGGCCCAUCCACUCCCCAACUCUAUCCACACACUGGUGAGGCCUAGAUGACCUCAUCUAGUCGAUUUAGUGUUUGCGAGGCAGUGCUUCAACAACAGCAACUCGAGAAAUUCAUCCUAUUAAAGGGGAAACCUGGCCCAGCAUUUCUUUCGGUUCUCUCCGUGAGCAACAUUGCUGCCCACUUCAACACCCCAGUGAUAUUAGAGCCAGCAACAGCACACCACCGCCAAAAUGAAAGACUUGACUUUCGACGUUCGCUAUGAUAAUGAGUUGGCCCAUGAAUACUAUGGGGAUGGGUCCAAGCUGGCGAACAAUCUUCGAGAGAUCUACAAAGCCAAGGACCUGCAGAUCCCGGAUGAGUUCGAGUCCACAUCUACCUACCCGCCCAUCCACUUCAUGUCGGUCUCUGCGCCGGACGAUGUGGAUAUGGAUGAUCUCCGGCAGGUCAAUGUGCCUCCGGGUCUGAAUGUUGAGAUCUUGGACUUCGAGGAGUGAAGAGGGCGGGGGGGGGCGCGCAUUGCACAGAUCACGGUACGCCCACGCCCAUCGAAUAGGCGGCCAAUUGUUCUUAGUUGUGAUGGAGCAAGCCACAUGUAGUUUGAUGAAAGAAAUUGAUGCGAUUUUGUGAUUUGUGAUUUGU